AUGGCCCCGAAUUCGGCCGUAGGCGACCCCGAGGCCGCUGGCCGCGAGUCCACAGGCGCUGUCCGUCAUGCACCGCCUUCGGCCCGCCCACAGCGGAGACAGCGAAGCACUUUGGGAGAAGGCAACCAGAACGCCAGCUUCAUGCAUGGCAUCCUACCUAUAGACGCUUUAUAUGCGCUUUCACUCUGCGCCACCAAUGCCCCAGACCAACACCAGGCCUUUGUGGUUCCGCACGCUCCUCGCCGAAGGUUUAGAUUCGAGAUCAUCGCCCAUAUGACUGGGCAAAGAUUCGAGAUCCUUGCCAAAGCCACCAACAGACUUUCAUCCGACGGCGGAGGCCUCAUGCUAGCAAGACAACACAUUCGCCGUCCAUUAUCUGAUCGUACUUUGUGGACCUUCCUAACUGGUCUCAAAAUGGCUCAAGGGUUGCAUCCGCCUAACCAAUACUUUCAAUUAAUAUCGACAGUGGCAUCCAAUACCCAAUGGAAGUGCUUAGUCUGCAAACGACUGAUGGGCCACUAUGGGCCGCAUUCUAUCUCGGAGCCUCACCUCGCAGCUGCCGCACAUUAUGAGGCUUCAAUAGCGGCCGACAUCGCAAUGAUCCCCGGGUUGGCUGAUUUAGAGCCCAUCAGAUCACCAUCACCGCCCCUCCAAGAAGACAUCUUUCUUGACGAUGAGCCACAAUCAGACCCCCAGAGACGCCCUCCGUCACCUAUCUCAUACCUACGUGCUUUUCAACUUGCCUCUGCCAAUCAACCUAGCGAGCCGGAAGACUCCGACCAGGAAAUUGACGUCGACAAGCUUCUCCAAGCUAUUCAUGCCAUGGACGACGACGACUGGGGUCCGAACGACGAGGCCGAGGAUGAGGCUGUCCUUGAGGCCGAUUUGCGUACGGGCAACCUAUUGGACUCCUCCGAGUGGUUCCCUUUCAAGAAGAAAGAGUAUUCUAUCACGGUCCCAAUACCACCGAAUUCGUGCUAUAUUGCUUAUAUGCGAAGUUCACUUGCCAGAAUGGGGGGCGCUACGUGCUUUAACUAA